AAAUGAUGCAUUUUUCUUCAUAUCCGAAAAUAGGAAAGAAAAGAAAAAAAUGGAGAAGCGAAAUGCUGCUCACCCAAUUCCGACUCCGCCCUCCCUCCGCCUGCUCUCUAGCGGCUUCCACGCCCCAUCCAGAACCUUCCAGAGCCUUCGACCCUCCGUUCCACUUCCGCCAAUCGAGCGCCGCCUCAACGUCGCGGCCUACGCCUUCUCCCUCCUUCCUUCCCCGCUCCCCUCCAACCCCGCCCUCGUCGACGCCGCCACCGGAGACACCGUUAGCUUCCCCAAGCUGCUCUCACAGAUCCGAUCCCUCGUCUCCGCCCUCCGAUCGCACGCCGGCAUCGACAGGGGCCACUGCGUCUUCGUCCUCGCCCCGACGAGCCUCGACAUUCCCCCGCUCUACCUCGCUCUGCUCUCCAUCGGCGCCGUCGUCUCCGCCGCCAACCCUGCCUCCACCCCGCGCGAGAUCUCCCACUUCCUUUCCCUCUCCAACCCCCGCGUCGCCUUCGCCACCUCCGCCACCGCCGCCAAGCUCCCCGCGGGCCUCGCCACCAUCAUCCUCGACUCGCCACGCUUCCGCUCGUUUCUCGACGGCGGCGAUGGAGGGGAAGCGGUUGAGGAAGUGGCGCAGUCGGAUGUGGCCUUCUUUCAAUUCUCGUCGGGGACGACGGGGAUGAUGAAGGCGGCGGCGCUGUCGCAUCGGAACAUGAUUGCGAUCGUGGCGCCAUGCCACUCCAUGCGGAACCCGGUGGCGGAGCGUCGUCGGGGAGGACCAGAAGCGACGCUUUUGACAGCGCCGCUGUUCCAUGCGAUGGGGUACGCCUUUUUGUUAAUAGGAUUGGCUCUGGGUGAGACGGCGGUGCUGAUCGGGGGCAGGACCAGCGUGAAGGAAAUUGUGCAGGCGGCGGAGAGGCACCGGGUGACCUCUCUGACAGCGGCGCCGCCCGUGGUGGUUGAGAUGGCGAGGUGGCCAGAGCCGUUGGACCUGGUGGCCCUGAAGUACGUGAUCUGCGGCGGCGCACCGGUCCCGGAGGCGGCGGCCGAGCAAUUCAUGAGACUGUUUCCCCAUGUGGAGCUCCGUCAGGGUUAUGGAUCCACUGAAGCUGGACCGAUAUCAGGGAUGAUAGGUCAGGAGGAGUGUCGUCGUCUGCGGUCGGUUGGCCGUCUCGCCGAAAACGUUGAAGCUAUGCUUGUGGAUACUACCACAGGAGAAAGAUUGUCAGUUGGGCAGACUGGAGAGCUAUGGCUUAGAAGCCCUUAUAUCAUGCUAGGUUAUGUGGGAAAUGAAGAAGCAAAUGAUGCCACCUUCGAUUCCAGUGGCUGGCUGAAAACAGGGGAUCUCUGCUACUUUGAUGAAGAUGGGUUUCUUUUCAUUGUGGAUCGGUUGAAGGAGUUGAUAAAGUGUGGAGCCUCCCAGGUUCCACCUGCUGAGUUAGAGCAUUUGCUUCAACUUCUUCCCGGCAUUGCUGAUGCUGCUGUGGUUCCAUAUCCUGAUGAAGAGGCAGGUCAAGUACCCAUGGCUUUCGUAGUACUACAGCCAGGAAUCAACCUCAAUGAAGAAGAAAUAAUGGAUUUCAUAGCCAAGCAGGUAAUACCAUACAAGAAGCUUCGCAAAGUUGUGUUCAUUGACUCGAUACCCAAAACACCAACUGGAAAGAUAGCGAGGGCAGAACUGCGCAACCAUUCAGUUUUCAGUUCCAUGUCUAAAACAUGAUUGUACAUAAAAUCCUAUAUGUAUUAUAAACCUAUUCCAAGUAUGAAAAUAAUCUCCUGGAGAAGAUACUCCUGCUAAGCUUGCAAAACAUGGAACUGAAAAUCAAAGUUUACAAGAGCAUUCGAAUGCCAUCGACUUAUAACAACACAUGCAAAUGUUCUUGAAAAGUGUACUUAUUAUGAAGAUUGUGUAAACUGAAGGCUGAGCCUGUGGUCCAUUUGAUUUAAAGAAUUCUUUAGUAGGAAAAAGAAGGUUGAUUAUCAGAUGUAGAGAUGAUAUUUUGUUUCUUUGAUGUUGUUGUUAUUGUGAAUUUGCAAUAAAAUUUAAUGUUAUUUGCAUAGCCCA